CGCUGAGAGGCAGCGGUCAGCAUCAGCAUCGGCAUCAGCAUCUGAUUUAUAACAGACUUGUGUACUCACCUGUACAACAAGAACAACAACAAUAAACUUGCUAUUACCUUAUACGUAAUACACACACUUAAUGCAUUCAACUUAUUGUUAGUUUGCACCGAUUUAAAUAGCAAACUGUUGAUUAGUCGAACAACUGCUGGGCAGUCAACGUCGUCUAAACUCUAAAGAUCAACAGCUGCGUCUUUACAUCAUCGCCAUGGGUCUAACGGAAACUACAGUGAAGCAUCUGUUGCUGCUGCUCAACUUUGUCUAUGUGGUGCUGGGCCUGAGCUUGGUGGGCUUUGGCGUAUUCUUUCUCGUGUAUGUGACCUCGGUGAGCAUUGGCGAGAAUGUGGCUGGCGGUCUGAUCAUAGGUCUGGGUGUGGUUAUCGUUAUUAUUGCCGUCUUUGGCUGCUUGGCCGCCAUGCAUGAGGCGCCUAGGCGUUUAUUGAUUUAUCUGGUGGCAAUAGCGCUGUUGAUACUGACACAGCUGCUGUUCCUCAGCAUGGUGUCGCAUGGCACCAAGGACGGCAUUUCGGGCAGCAUCAACGAUGGCUUCGAGCGCCUGUGGGAAGACGAGCUCAAGGAGCCGGGCGCCUUGGCCUACUACGAGUCCUGGCUGCACUGCUGUGGCGUCAACAAUUCCAUGGACUAUGACGUCAUACAUCAUCCGCUGCCCAAGAGCUGCUGCGCGGAGAACAAGUGCCUCAGCAGCGAGAGCGUCUUCAAGGUGGGCUGCAAGUCGCAGUUUGUCGACUACUUGGAUAGUCGACUGUUGGCAUUUAAGAUUGUCUGCUGGCUGCUAAUUAUAGGCGAGGGCAUUGGCGCCUUUCUGGCCUGGACUCUGCUCAUCAGCGUCAAGAACCAAAGUCGUCGCGAUAACUCUGUUUGGAUGUAACUGGCCACGCUCACUAAAAAGCUUUAGUAUUAUUUAUAAGCCUACGCUAAUAUUUUGCAAAACGUUUACUUUAUUAAAGUUGCCAUAUUAAUCUCUU